AUGCACACACUCGACCUUGCCAACUUUCCCGUCACCGACACUUUGAAGAUGCUAGCUUCUCUACUAGCAAAAAUGACACAAGCAAACGACCAAAUAAAAUCUCGCGCACACUCCCACUCUGAUUCCUCUUCUACCAGCACUUCUUCUCCUUCCUUCACGCGGUUUCAUGCGCGCUCAGUACCUUCGAUCGACAUAUAUUCUUAUCUGGCCAGGAUCUUGAAGUAUUGUCCGACAACAAAUGAGUGUUUCCUAUCAUUGUUGGUAUAUUUCGAUCGCAUGUCAAAGAAUGCCUUGGCUACAACAGGGAAGCCAUUUUCAAUAGACAGUUUCAAUAUCCAUCGGUUGAUAAUUUCGGGAAUUAUGGUGUCGUCAAAGUUCUUCUCGGACGUCUUUUUCACUAAUUCACGGUAUGCUAAGGUUGGAGGUCUGCCGGUAUCAGAGCUGAAUCAUUUGGAAUUGGAGUUUCUCAUAUUAAACGAAUUCCGAUUAUCCAUAAGUGUAGAAGAGCUCCAAAGAUACGGAGAUCAACUACUAAGACAUUGGGUAAUGGAGGAGGAAAUGAGAUCGAACGGAAGCAUAUACGAUAGCAUACGAUUUGGUCCUAAUAGUCCCAGCGGGAGAUGGGACCCACAUGAAAAAAACUCUAUAAGUAAAAGAUCACGGCGUCACCCGUCGAGUGACGACACCAAUACAAGCAAAGGCGGCGGUCCUAAAGCAGUAAAAGAAGAAGACCAAGACAAUCAUCACUACUCGCGAACUCAUCGUAGAGAUAGCAGCCUUUCUUCAGCGAAAUCAUUGAACAUUUCAUCUUAUCAUACACCAUUAACAUCUUCCCCCACAUCUUUUGCAUCUCCCAGAAAAGCAGCAUCGUCAGGUCGCGCUCACUCAACCUCUGGAACAUCUCCCAACUCUUCGACAGUUCAUCUAAAUGGCACAUCAUCUCAAGCGAUAACUAACGGGUCUCCAAUGCGGGGGCCAUACCCGUCUACCGCAUUCAAUACACACCACAUGCAUUACCCUAACGUACACAAAGCUUACCCUUCUGCACACCAUCAUAAUUCACAACAUCAACGCUCAGUUAGUUUAGAAUCUACAAUCAAGCGAGCAAGUAGUAGUGGCUCAUUACUUAAUCUCAAUAGAUCACGAAGCGGUGAUCUCACGGACGACUUGCAACAGUAUCAUCAUCAAUCAUCUCCAAAACAGAUAAACCCCGAAGAUGUUGCCUAUCGAACUGCAGCUCCGCCAUUCCCGAAUGCGCCUCCACCACAAAUAACAACGACUAGUGCAUUAAACGUCACUAACCCCAAAUAUGCAAGUAGUACUGGAAAUCUCUCGAACGGUGCAUCACAUAAUAUCUCUUCAAUGAUACGAAGAAUGUCGCAUGAUUCUCCUGUAAAUAGCUUUCAACAAGUUCCCAACACGUAUCACUAUUCGACCUAUCCCCCACAACCGAACGCAAAUUCAUCGCAACCAUCGACAUCAAUGUCAACAUUUCCGCCUA